AUGAAAAUCCUGACCCAUAACUUGCUUCAAUGUAAUGUUGCUUCCAAGCACUGUAAAGGACCAAAGUAUCCCCUGGAAAUUGAAGCUGCAGAUAGCACGGAUUUAGAAAAACCAAGCUGGACAUAUACCAAAACAGAAUAUGAGCCUGAAUUCCUUGAACGCCUGAUAUCGAAGAUAAAUUGGCCAGUUCUUCGGAAAGCAGCAGAGGCCAUCCAAAAAUUUGAUCCCUCAAUAGUGUACCCAGAAACACCACCCUAUUACCAAAACACUACAGAGGAGGCCAUGGAGAUUUCUAACGGCCCCUCGGACCUUCUUACCGUUGCGUGGUGUGAUAAAAACGAGCCUAAUUCUGAAAAGUGGUGGAAAGCAUUAAAUUUUUGGAUG